AUGCAGCCUGAGGAGGUAGCAAUUGGUGUGAAGUUUGCUCGGGAAAAUAAUGUUCGUCUUGUUAUCAGAAACACCGGGCAUGAUAUUUUGGGCAAAUCUGAAGGUUAUGGAUCUUUGCAAAUUUGGAUCAAGUACAUUCAAAAGGGGAUCUCUUUCCAGGAAAGAUAUACUCCUUCGGAUCCUUGUGCGAGCAACGAAUGGACUGGCUCUGCAAUGACCAUCGCCGGAGGCUACGUUUGGAAGGAUGUGUACGAUGUCGCCUUUAAACGCAAGAUAACCGUUGUUGGUGGGGGAGACCCGACCGUUGGCUGUAUUGGCGGUUACACACAGGGCGGGGGUCAUUCACCGGCGAGUCAUGACUACGGCCUUGCUGCGGAUCAAGUGCUAGAGGCCCAGGUUGUAUUGGCGAAUGGCAACAUUGUCACAGCCAAUGCUUGUCAGUUCCCAGAUCUUUACUUUGCGAUUCGAGGCGGAGGGGGCGGAAGUUAUGGCGUGGUCACGUCGAUGACCGUCAAGGCGUACCCCAGCAAACCUGUCGUGGCGCAGUCCCUUACAAUAACCCCGCGCAGCGAUGAUUCGGAAGUACUGUUAGACGCAAUUACUGAUGUAUACCAGCAAUAUCCCGACAUCAUGGAUGCAGGAUUUUCUGGUUAUGGCUCUUGGUCGAUCGGCAACACUACAGCCGCUUCCGCGAAGCGGGCGGCCGUUUAUAUACACAUUGUUGCGGCCAUGGGCAAGUGCAUUGCCGAGUCGAAGGAGGCAUUCGAUGCGCUCUUUGAGACACUGCAAAAGUACAAUGGCUCUUCUCUUGACAUAUCUGUGGCCUGGUAUGAAUUUCCAACCUAUGGAGCAUACUACCAAGCUAUGUCUGGUGUAUCACAGCCAGUUGGCCCCCCGAACUCAGCCAUGACAUCACAAAUGUUUGGCAAAAGUGCCUUGACAGCUAAUCGCACCGCGCUUCGCAAUAUCAUUGGUAUCAUGGCAGGCAGUCCCGAAGAGUGUGCAUCAAACACCGUCGAGCUUGUUGGUGGUGGAAAAGUCCUCACAGAUGGAUUGGAUAAGUACUCUGGGGUCAAUCCCGCCUGGAGAUCUACCUAUAUCGUCAACAUAGUGAGCAGGGCCUGGACUGAUGACGCCGAUGCACAGGCGAUAAAGAAUGAUGUUACUUAUGUCAAGGGAGGGGCUAUGAGAUCACUCAACCCCUUCCUUGGGAGCUACAUGAACGAGGUAUGGACGUCUUCCCUUUGGCGCGACUGA